GAAGUAUGCGGCUCAGCAGCGGACAUCGGCUCCAGAGUCCAGCCUCCACUGCACAAGGGACCAGGGUUGUUUGCAAGGUCUGAAGCAGGUCAGAAUGUGGGCAGCCUGAGCACUGAGCAAACUCUGCGAAGGAGUCCCACGAGGUGCUGACUCCGAGUCUUGGGUUUGCCUCUGCAAAGGCUCUUAGCAAGAUUCGUGGGCCCAUGAACGCUUGUCGCUUGCAGACUCGCCUUCAAUCUCAAGGUUGAGGGAAACCUGGUCAAGAAUUGAUGAUGGUGCAGGAGUGAGCAAGGCAGAGAUGGCUGCGUGAGGCGCCGGAAACGGAUAGUGCUGCGCGACCUUUUCUUACAUACAAUGGCUUCGUGUGUUGUUACCUGGUCUGGUAGUGCAGCAAGGGCAGCCCCUGUGGCAAGCAUUACCUGCAAGCAGGUUUUUGAUUCAGCAUUCCAAGCUCACCCUUUCUACAGGGUGCGCUCUUUGUUGAAGCCUCCUUUGGUCCUUCCUCAGCCAUCCCUCUUUCCUUCUCCUUACACCUUAGAAACCAGCAGUGACUCCGCCACGCUGCGGUGUCAAGCUGUCUGUGGUGCACAAGCCAACGACCCUUUGACACCCAGCUGCAGAAGGUUAUGUCUGUCUGCAGUGGAUGGGGCGCGACUCUAUGCUCGGCAGCUUAGGCAGAGCCUUCAGAAAUCCCGGCGUGCAGCCAGGUUAAGGUGUGAGUCAGCUUCAGAACAUGAAUGUGAAGCAGCUUUUUCGGACAGUGAGGGCCAGGACUUGCGCCCGUCGAGUGUAUUUACAGAGGAGAGGGCAGCACUUGGAGGGUCUGGUGCAAACUGGCCAGAGAGAUGGGACGUUGUGGGCCUCGGACAGGCAAUGGUCGAUUUCUCGGGCACCGUCAGCGACGACCUGCUAGACCACCUUGCUUUGGAAAAGGGCAAGCGCAAAGUCGUGGAUCACAACGAGCGGGGCAAGGUGCUCGGAGCCCUGGACGGCAAGAACUACAAGGUCACUGCGGGGGGAUCGCUUUCCAACACUCUAGUUGCGCUGGCGAGGUUAGGGCAGGGGGCGCUGGACGCAGAGGGGAAGGAGCUGGUUGCCCCCCUGAGUGUGGCCAUGACUGGGAGCGUUGGGAGCGAUCCUCUGGGGCAGUUUUACAGGGCGAAGCUACUUCGCGCUGGCGUCCACUUCCUCUCCACCCCCAUCUCUGACGGGACCACCGGCACCGUCGUCGUCCUCACAACGCCGGACGCUCAGCGGACCAUGCUCUCUUACCAGGGCAUGUCGUCUGAGGUCGAGUUUGACGAAACCCUAGAAAAGUCGCUCUCCUGUGCGCGGGCCUUGGUCGUCGAGGGGUAUCUUUGGGAGAUCCCCGAAACUAUUGAGGCAAUCCAGAAAGCGACCAAGGCAGCGAGGGAGCAGGGCUGCUUGGUGGCGCUGACUGCGAGUGACGUGACGUGCGUGAAGCGCUACAGGGAGACGUUUUGGAACGUGAUGGCUCAGGACGCUGACCUGCUGUUCUGCAAUACGGACGAGGCGCGCGCUCUGGCCAACGAGGGCGCCGACGCCACUCCCCACUCGGUAGCCCAAAAGCUGAGCUGCUACUGCCCUAUGAUUGUGGUCACAGACGGUCCUGCGGGCAGCUAUCUGGGCCUGAGGGGUGAGGUUUGCUUUGUGCCGCCCUGGCCGUGCGAACCGGUUGAUACCUGCGGCGCGGGGGAUGCGUAUGCAGCGGGCAUCUUGUAUGGCUUGCUUAGGGGGGGGAUGGACUUAGAGAGCAUGGGAAACUUUGCCGCGCGCGUGGCUUCAGUCGUGGUUGCCCAACAGGGGGCGAGAUUGGGCUCGGUGGAUGCGCAGUGGCUAGUAGGGUGCCCCCCGGUCGUGGCACCGGGGCAUUUCGGUGUCGAGAGUGUGUCGAAAGUCGAGAAUGUCACGGGGUUGAAUUUGAGGGUUCCCCCAGUCAAGGAAGCCAAGCAAAAAGGCUUUGUAUGACCUUAGGGCAAUAUGUAACACAGGUCGUAAAUUACAAGGAGGCCGGCUUUUGCCUGCUAUCUAGCAUGGAAGAUUCUGCUUGAUGUCUCUAUAUAAUCUGUAGAUUGCUUGCGAGAUAGAGGGACGUGAACAGUCAUGCAAGCAAAAGACAGGUAGCCUGAGGCCGCCUCAUUGGCAGCCUAAGACCUCUGGUCCAUCUGAUAUCGAAAUUGGUAGGCAACAAUCUCUUGAGACGGGGCUUACUCCGUAGGCAGGUAAAUGGUAUGUCGAUUCAAGGUACACACUCAUCAAGAAGAGGUAGAGCUCACCCGCAAUGACACGGUCAAGUUGUCGUCGCUUGAUCCAAGUCAUUCAAUUCAUUAAUUUGAUCAGCUGACGUCUUGGU